CCAUCAAGUGCCGCGAUGGUCUCUGCGAGACUCCGACCUGCAUGCCUACACCAUCUAUCGACGAAAGGACGAACCAGCUGAGAGCGAGAGCACACUACUGACCACCCUAUCCCCUCCAGGAGAAACAGUCGACCUCACACUCAGUCGAUAGGUCGCUGGAGCCCUUUUUUUUUUCUUUCGGAGCCCUUCGGAGCACUUCGGGGUUCCCGAUCCCCUCCUCCAGAGGAACAGACGACGGGACUAAAGUUUAAGUUAGCGUCCCGGCGCCAUUUUCAGGGAUUUUGAGGGCAGCUCUCGUCCAGCGCGCAUCUUUGCAACAGGUCGCAGUAACGACCAGCAGCUAUCGUGAUCCGCUUUCGGCAAUAAUGUAGUUGUUUCUGAGCCAGGCCAUGUCGCCUAGAUUUUUUUUUAGUUUUUCUUAGUAGCUGCCCAAAUAGUCAAGUUUAACUUUAGUUUUCUUUGGUUUUCGCCAUAGCUAUUUCUUCUAUGGCUACCGCGAGCUCCCGUGCCGCGCAUCCCCGGAUCACCCCCAGGGACAGCCACUAUCUACUUCACCCUGCCAGCUAAGGUAAGCUGCACUUCGCCCCACACAAACCUGUUAGGUUGCCUUUUUUUUGGGCUUAACUUCGCCCGUCAUAAACUGCCUGCUAACCAAGCUAAUCCAGGUGGAUUAUUGGUUACAGGCAGGGUUCCAGAAUCCCAGAGGGUUCCAGAAUCCCAGAGUACUUCAAGGACCCCAGACCAGUUCAAGAUGGCGGCCCAGUUCCGGCGCCAUAUUUUACACCUCAACAUGUAACUCGUGAGCCUCUAUAACGGAGUCUCCCUCCAUCUUUCGGCACCCCUCAAAAAGAAGUGAAGAACAGUUUAUAACUCCGCCAGUUUUAGGACGUUUUCCAUAUUAUUAUAAAAUAUUGUACUUUAAACACAUAUAUUUGUUUGAUGAGCCUGCGAGCUCAAUGUUCCUAAACAGUUGAACAUAGCAUAGUAUGAAAUGGUGUUCCCCCCCCCCCCCGGCCCCUCUUUCUUCUUUCUUUUAUUCGUUAGUUACUCAAUGUAAUGUAUCAAAAAUAAGAAUCUGACAUUGUUAGCAGUUUUGUUUGUAAUGGCUGUAAUGCCGUAAGAUAUUUUCUAAUGUAAGAAACCUAUCAAUGACAAGAUACUAAACUACUAAUCAACAGUAAAAGCCUCUAAUGAAACCAAACCAUACGAGUGUUUUCAUUUGCUGCUACUUGAAACCACAAUCCACGUAACCUUUCCUACUGUCAGGGAGGUUAAUUUUAAAUUGUGUUUGUAAGUGGGCUGUGCCCCUCUGGCAAGUUCUUUUAGACAAUUAGCCUGACGCUUCCACCGGACAUUUAUUAUCAAUAAUUAUGGUUUUGUUUUGAGCACAGCACCACGGUUACAAAUUGGUAGCAGUUAGCAUGGUUACGGUUACAAUGUGGUAGCAGUUUGUGUGAUAUGGUUACUCUUAAAUUGUUAACUGUAUUUUGGUUUGAUUUAUGAGAAUGCUUUAAAUUUAUUUGGUAUAAAUAUUUUUUUUGUUUGUCACUAAGAUUUUCUAUAUAUAGUAUUAUUGUAAGUCCUAAAACUGGCACCCAAUCUGAUUCACCCAAAGUGAGUUAAAUUAAAAUUCUCUCGUAUUUUACGUCCCGCUCUGACUGUGUUUGCGCGCGGUGAGACACCGCGCGGCCCCGUCGGUGCGACGGCCCUCAGGCAUCGUGCCUUAUCAGCGCGCGUGUCAUUCUCCCUGUCAUUCUCUUCACCCCUCCCCCUCACGCCUCACCGGCUGGAGGAGGUGAGGUCAUGCCGUUGACCCCGUGUCCGGCAGCGUAAAUAAUGCGUUACAAUCUAGUUUGUUCCUCACGGCCGACAGUGCCCUGAGUUUGUCUAAAUUCCUCCUUUUAUCUGUCUUUUUUUUUAUAACACAUCCGCCUGCAAACCAGGCAAUCUUUGUGAAAAACAGAUAAUAGAAGUCCUUUCGGACAUCGUGGUAUUUUUUGUUUUGUCUCUCGGCGCCUUGCUCCACAUGACAGGGCCGCCAACCGCGCGGAACUCUUCUCUACUCCACCCACGUAACACUUAUUUUGUAAACAAACUACCCAUGCUUUGUAUGUCCUAAUAAUAUUAUUUUUAUGUCACAAAACAAGCACUAUAAAUAAUCUAUACUGCAUUAAUUUUAGCAGCAAAGUAUUUUCUUAAUCUAAGGAAACGUAAAAUAUAACAUAACAUAUUUAUAUAACUUAUAAUAAUAUAAAAAAUACAAAUAAUAUAAUAUAAACCUUUUGUUUUAGCUAAUGUUAAGAAACUUCCAUUGUUUACUAUUUCUAAGUAUCUUAAAAUUAACGAUUAAGUAUUUUAAUAAUACAUAAAAUAAAUCUAAAAAAGGGUCCAUUCAUUAAGUAACAUAAAAUAAGAAUAUGUUCAUAAGUAAUUUUAACAAGUACUCUAAUCAUAUUGCAUCGUUCACAAGCAAAGUGAAUAUACUUCGACGUACCAUUUCAUUGUGUCACCAUACACACCCAUGUGCCUAGCUUUUGUUUAGAUUUAUUUCGUGAUCACCCAACGAGAGGUGCAAUCACUCAUGCCUUUAAGGAAAGGUUCCUGAAUUAAAUUGUUUAUAUACACGGGUUGAAUCCCCAAUACUUUUUACGCUAGCCAUGAGGUGAGGAAUUUAUUGUAAGAUAGAGUACUAUACUUUUUUAACGUCGAGUUUUCUAUGAGCAAUUUACCAAUUAAUCUAAGAAUGCAAGGUAAAGGAUAAAUAAUAUUUUUGUAAUUAUGAAUUUUGAGUAAACAAUUUAUUAACUUUUAUAUUUUUUUGGAUCGGUGUUAAUUUCCUUUAUAAGGUGGUGUACAGCUAUGUAUUUUAAACAUCUAAAUUUUUUCAUUAUCCAUUUUUCAUCCAAAUUCGUUGAUCUUUCGGGUUUCGAACCCGAACUAACUCAGGGGUGAAAUUCCCUCGUAGGUCUCUCUGCUUCAGCCUGAUGGUCUGAUCAACCGUCAGAGCUUGAACAUAUUGAGCCUAUGUGAGUUAAUAAAUGUAGGUAUCCGGGACCGAGGUGUACUUCGCUUUUUAAGCAAGUAUUAAAUUCAUCUAUUUCGUCUGAUCCAUCGUCAGAUUGUGCAGAGCUAUGUCUCAAUGCCUUCGACUUCUUAUGGACAGCGAAACAAUUAUGUACAGGGGUUAUAUUCCCAAUCUAGUUUGUAAGUUACGGGUUACCAUACCCAUUUACAGGGGUUACAAUCCCCAUUAGUCACUGAGUGCUCAAGGACGCAUUUCCCUUGUUUCGGCCUCAGUGCUUUUCGGCCUCCCUCACAGCGCCCAUUUUGGUGUUCCUACACGAUAUCCAAUAUCUGAGAUCAACAGGAUGAAUUUCAUUUCAUUAAUAUAACAACGGCAUAAAUAGUUGUAAGCUUACAGGUACUUUAAGGUUAAGCUUUAAAUUUAAUUUUUUUUAUUUAUUAAAUGAUUUUAAGGAUUUAUUUUAAAUAAUUCAAACCAAGUUUAAAUGGACUCUAUUUAAUUAUUAAUCUUGUCUUGGACUAAAGUGUUACAGUCAAAGGUCAUGGAAUUAAUUCUGCUUUAUUACAAGUAGUAGGGCAACAGACAUAUUUUUUUUAUCUUUUCUUUUAGCUCAUUAAUAAUAAUAAAAUCAAUCAUAUUAAAAUACGUAUUCCCCAGAAAUUAAGCAGCUACGAGGUGACUAGUCUCAUUUUAAUAUUUAAGGUAAUCACCGAGAGUAGUGAAAUACUUUCAACCCCCAACGAGAGGUCCACUUAAUUAAUUUGGGUAUGUUUGAGCAUCCCGUUUCUAGACUAGCACAAGCUAGGUAAUUUAAGAUAUUUUAAUUUUUAAUUUUUACAUACGUAAGUUCAGUCUUUAACAAGCUACUUGACGUAAAUAGUUUUAAUUUUUUUUACUCAGAAAUACCUCUCUGAUAUUUUUUGAAUCUUCAUGAAUCUUGUUCCACGAUUUCAUAUAUUUAAUUUCUGAUUACGUUCCUUUUUUUUAAUAACCAUAAUUCGUAAAGUAAGCAAGAAUAUGUUUGUAGUGUUUUUUUGUACUGAUUUUGCGUUAAUACUUGUACAUGUUUAUUUCUUUAUUUUCCCUUGCACGUAAAUGUGAUGUACAGUGACGUACAUAGAGUCUGAGCACUGAAGCUGUCACAUCUAGCCAUUUUUCUUUUUUCUUUUGCAUUCUACCCCAAAGUUGGAUUUCUUUUACAUCGUUAUCGAUGAGAUUGUUUAUUUAAGUAAGAGCGACGUGACUUCCAGACGGCAAACUGGUUUCUUUUAUGUGUUUUUCUAAAAUAGGAGCUAGGUCAAGCUAGCCAACGAGCGGCGCAAAAGUUAGGGUCCUCUGAGCCAACGAGCCAUGACCAAGGUCCUCUGAGUGAAAUAUCUCAUGACCAUUUUCGAGUGUUCUUUGGGUUACAUUCCCACCACUCAUCUUUGGACGGCCUAUGUUCAAACCCCCUCUCAGGCAGUGCGAAGUCUAUCAGCAGUCAUGGAAGAUCUAACCGCUCCAUUAUAAUUUAUCCCUUUUUGAUUUAUAAUUGUUGGUUUAUUGAAUUUUACAUUUCUUUAAAUAAUUUAAAUUUGAGUGCGAAGAGUCGUUAAUUUGUCGUUUUUUUCCAGAAUACUUUAAAUAAUAAAUAUUAGUUAAUAAUAAUAAACAUCAGAGUGGUAUGCGCUGAAAUUUCUUAAUUUGUCGAAUAUUUAAUAUUUUUAAAUUCAUUCUUUCCUACGGAUUGUUGAUCUGUUGAGGUUUUUCAUCCCCAAUCAUUUAAAAUUCCACCAAGGGAAUUCCACCCUUAGGUCCUGUGUCACUCCGGGACUGAGGCUCUGUUUCGCCUUCGGGCAAGCAGCAAAUUUGACUGUCUUCUCCAUCGCCUGACUGUGCAGGGCUAAGUCCCAAUGCCUUCGGCUUCUUAUGGAAAGACUAUUGUACAGGGGUUUACAUGCCCACUUUCAUUAUUUUCAGGGGUACACAAAUCCCCACCUUCAUAACUGGCACCCGACUGACCAAGUUCCGGUUCCGGCCCAGUGUUUUAGGCCCGCCUCACAGAGCCCAUAUUUAGAGUUUUUGUCACGUGACACCAUUCCCAACAUCUGAGAUCAACUUUCCUCAUGACAUCAUUCACCGUUAAGGGUAAUUUAAAUAAUUAUAUACACCUUCGAUUUUAUCAAAAUAUUUUUUUUAUAAGUAGUAAGAUACAGGCGAACCUGGUACUAGUUUUACUAAGAAGUGUAAGUUAAUUUUUUUUCCCUAUAUGCUCCGCAUUCAAGCGGGGGAGUAUGUGCCGAAUCAGUGCUACUUUAGGCACGAUUUUUUUUAUUUUUCUUAGUUUUACAAAAUUUUAAAUUUUUUUAUAACUUUAAUUUUACGCUUUCGCCCCAUCCAAACUUGUUCGGUCAAGUGUACCGGCAGGUUACCUUGUUGAGCAGCAUAGUGCUCUCACCACCGUUUCCCACCAAAUUUGCUGGGUCUAGCCGACUACAGGACUAUCAUCAGCAACGGUAUCCACUGGCCGUCGCGUUUCGUCACGAGUUUAGCGCUACGCGUGACGAAAGUAGCCGCCCUAAGCUUCCCAUGGUCACCCCCACCCCUUCUCGGAGGUGUGCUGAAGUUUGCGGUCUCUAACACGUUUUGGUGUCCUUUUUUCAAGUUCCGCCGCACGUCCCGACGUCUGGCCGGCGAAUUCUCCCAGGGCAGGUCAUUCACCGGACAUACCCCCCACCCCAUCCUGGUCCACAGCGGUCAUCGGCCAGCCGCGGCAAUGUCCCCUCUCAAGGCCAAAAUCCCCCCCCCCCCACUUGCAAAAUGGCGGCCAUCAAGUGCCGCGAUGGUCUCUGCGAGACUCCGACCUGCAUGCCUACACCAUCUAUCGACGAAAGGACGAACCAGCUGAGAGCGAGAGCACACUACUGACCACCCUAUCCCCUCCAGGAGAAACAGUCGACCUCACACUCAGUCGAUAGGUCGCUGGAGCCCUUUUUUUUUUCUUUCGGAGCCCUUCGGAGCACUUCGGGGUUCCCGAUCCCCUCCUCCAGAGGAACAGACGACGGGACUAAAGUUUAAGUUAGCGUCCCGGCGCCAUUUUCAGGGAUUUUGAGGGCAGCUCUCGUCCAGCGCGCAUCUUUGCAACAGGUCGCAGUAACGACCAGCAGCUAUCGUGAUCCGCUUUCGGCAAUAAUGUAGUUGUUUCUGAGCCAGGCCAUGUCGCCUAGAUUUUUUUUUAGUUUUUCUUAGUAGCUGCCCAAAUAGUCAAGUUUAACUUUAGUUUUCUUUGGUUUUCGCCAUAGCUAUUUCUUCUAUGGCUACCGCGAGCUCCCGUGCCGCGCAUCCCCGGAUCACCCCCAGGGACAGCCACUAUCUACUUCACCCUGCCAGCUAAGGUUUCCCACACGGCUCGACUGUUGCUGAUGAAGAGGGUGGUGGUCCAUUUGGCGUGGGCGCUGUUGGUCCAGCUGGCGUGCGCCCAGCAACCGCACUCCAACGACGCCGCCCACAGCCACGCGUCCAGCUCCGGCUGCGACUGCAUGGAGUACUGGAACUGCGUGAUGAGCGGCGGGAACCCCUACAGCUACUGCGGGCUAACGGAGUCUCACGUUUGCUGCUUCGUGCCGGUGGGAGCGCAGCCCGUAGGACUGCUGCCUGUGCGGCCGGGCAAGGCUCGCUGCGGUCACAAGGGCAGAGACUCCGGUCGCACGGGAGUGGCGGAGCCCACAGAGUGGCCGUGGCACGCAGCAAUUCUCGAGAAACAGGAUGAUUUGUAUGUGUGCGGUGCUUCUCUAGUGGACGAAAGUUGGGUGUUGACAGCAGCGCACUGUGUGGACAGUUACGUGGUCAGCAAAGCAGAGUCUCCCUUGAAGGUGCGUCUCGGCGAGUACAACGUCACCACGAACCACGAGUCUCUUCGGCACGAGGAGUACGGAGUGUCUGCGGUGGUGGCACACCCCAGGUACGACAACGCCACCCUCAUCCACGACGUGGCGCUCCUGAGGCUGCGGCACCCGGCCAAGAAGCGUCCCAACAUCGAUGUGGUCUGCCUUGCGUCUCACACUGACUGGUCGCUCAACACCAGCUGCGUCGUUACUGGCUGGGGGCGGAGCACCGAGGGUGCUCCUCACUCAGUUGUCCUGAAAGAAGUUCCACUUCCCUUGUGGAACAACUCUAACUGUCAAGUUGCGCUCAGAAAACAAUUCGGAGACACCUACAUUCUUCCAGAAUCGACAAUCUGUGCCGGUACAGAGGGGAGGGAUGCUUGUGACGGUGACGGAGGCGGGCCGCUGGUGUGCGAGAGGCGGGGCCAGUGGUACCAGGUGGGGAUAGUCAGCUACGGGAUUGGCUGCGGUAGGCCUGGAACCCCCGGAGUCUACACGAGAGUGGCCACUUACCACCAGUGGAUACUGGACACGGUGCUCAGAUACCGCAGGGCAAGGUAGCUGAUGUCACAGCGAUGAAUGGCCAACACCUCCAGCACAAAUGCCAUUAUUUUCCUUCAACACUGUUAAACCCAUCCCUAAGCUAUUUAAAAAAAAAAUCAUAUCAAGUGUACAGUGUAUUUGUUUACUGAAUAUUUGGUGGAAGGCAACAUUUUUUCCUGAGUGAAGUUAAAUUUGCCAAGUCACUUCCACUUUACAUAAUAAAGUUGUAAAAUAUUAUUAGAUAUAAUAUGUGCUAAUCUAUUUAUUGUAUCAAUUCACAUUCUUAAAUUUUCUGUAAACAUAACAUUUAUUCAAAAAACAUUUUUUAGAUGAUAA